AUGUAUACCACAAGCAAAUGGAAUCCUAGGAGAAAAAGUGUCACCGGAACCAAUAAUGAAAUAGUCCUACUUCCGGGCACCCGCAACAUCAGCAACGCCGUGCACGCCACCGACUCAGACAAGCCUCUUAACAAAGAGUCCCUAUCCGACGCUUUCUUCUACUUCAUGCAGUUCAUUACCCAUGACGUCACCAAAACACCUGAGGGUCUGGCCAAGUUGCGUGUCCCUAGGUUUGGUCAUGUGGCUGGUCGUGAGAUCUGGCGUAUCAAGAGUCCGUUCUGCCUGGCAGUCAACGUGGAAGAGACUGACGACUUUUUCUCGUCACUCGGAGACUGCUUCGAUGUCCAUAGAUCCUUCACGGUGCUAGACUGUAACGACACGUCUGGUUUCCGAAACCAAAUCAACGACAUCACGGCGUAUAUAGAUGGAAGUAUGUUGUAUGGAUCGAGUGGUGCUGAACUCAACGAGUUGCGUUCUUUCAUUGCCGGUUUCCUUAAGAAUUCCACAGCCAAUUUAAUGCCGGAAGGUGUGGGCACAGAAGAUAUGGAAUGCGACAACGUCGAAGACCCCGCCCUCUGCUUCCUCGCAGGUGACACUCGCGCGAACGUGCACCCUGGACUGACUACGUUUCAUACCGUGUUCAUGCGCGAACACAACCGCGUGGCGGCCUACCUGGGGGAACUAAACGCCGCCUGGAACGACGACAGGAUCUUCCAGGAGACCAGACGCAUCGUGGCGGCGGAGCUGCAGCACAUCACAUUCAAUGAGAUGUUGCCCAAGGUACUUGACAGCAGUUACGUGUCCAAGUACGGCCUGUCUGCUUUCUAUAGUUACAAUAAAUCAGUGGACGCCAGCGUCAUUCAGGAAUUCAACUUCGGCUUCAGAUUCCAUAAUCUGAUGCCCGCGGUGUUACACUUGGCCGAGUUGGUUGGCUCGAGUGUUGAGAACAUGGCCACGCUCGAGCAGGAAAAUGUGUUCCAGCAUCCUGGAUUACUCGUCAAGGACAACUACCGCGGCGUAGAUCAGGUUUUACUGGGAAUCGUCGCCAACGGAUGCCCUUUCAUCAAUGGACUGAUGAAUGAUGCCAGCCGGAACUUCCUGUUUCUUGAGGAGAACGGCGAUAGCUAUGACCUCGCAUCUGUUAACAUCGAGCGCGGCCGCGAUUGGGGAACGCCUGCGUACUACCUCUACCGUCAGCUGUGCGGAGGGGUCACAAUCUCCGUAUGGACGGACCUGGCGAGCACGCACUCCGCUGACGUAAUCGCCGACUUACAGAUCGUCUAUGCUUCCCCAAAGGACGUUGAUCUAUGGACGGGCCUCGUGACCGAGACUGCGGUAGGCACCUCCAUUGCCGGCCCCACAAUGUCCUGUCUCAUCGCUACGCAGUUCGCCAACCUGCGCAACGGGGACCGUUUCUGGUACGAGACGAGCAACGCCGAUCUUAAAUUUACAACCGUAAACAUGUAUAAAUAA